CGCGAUGCUGGGGAGACAGGAGCGCCGAGAGAGCCGCCCGUUGCCAUCGCCGCCGCCGCCGCCGCAUACGCGAUUCUUAGCACUUCCGGCAGCGCAAGUCCACACGCCGCCGCUACCUUAUUCUGGUGCUGACCUGUACGUUCGUCGCCCUCCGAUUCCUUGGCCGUGGUUGGCUGCGAUUCUGCGAAAGAGAGAGCCGUCCGAAAGUGAUUCCAAGAGUGUUUUAAUUACAUCAAGAAUUGAGACAAAAAGAUGAAUGCCCCUUCUAGUCCAUCUCUUCAUGAUGAUGAAGACAAUAAUGAAGAGGUUUUUCUGGAUGAGUCUGACAUCAUCCGAGAAGUUGCCUUGGACAAUGAAGAUCUUCCUGAUGCAGAUGAAGAAUUUGACACGGAACAAGUUGAGGAGCCUGAUGAUUCUGUGCACAUCUUCACUGGUCAUUCUGGAGAAUUAUACACAGUUGCAUGUAGCCCAACAGAUGGAACACUGGUGGCAACAGGGGGAGGUGAUGACACAGGGUUUCUUUGGAGGAUUGGUCAAGGAGACUGGGCUUCUGAACUUCAAGGUCAUGGAGAUUCGGUGAGCAGUUUAGCUUUUAGCAAUGAUGGACAGUUGCUUGCAUCAGGAAGCUUAGAUGGAAUUGUUCAAGUAUGGGAUGUUUUAGGAAAUCACAGAGGUGCUCUAGAAGGUCCUGGAGGGGGAAUUGAGUGGCUUAGGUGGCAUCCAAGAGGACACCUACUCUUAGCUGGUUCUGAGGAUUCCACUGUUUGGAUGUGGAAUGCUGAUAGAGGUGCCUUUCUUAGUACAUUUGCUGGUCAUGGUGGUAGUGUAACCUGUGGUGAUUUCACUCCUGAUGGGAAAAUAAUAUGCACGGGUUCUGAUGAUGCUACUAUGAGAAUAUGGAAUCCCAAAAGCGGAGAAAACCUUCAUGUUGUGCGUGGUCAUCCAUAUCAUACCGAGGGAUUGACAUGCAUGUCAAUAAGUUCAAGUUCAACUCUGGCACUUACUGGUUCUAAGGAUGGUUCUGUCCACGUUGUGAAUAUUUCUACAGGGAGAGUGGUUAAUUCGUUGGUUUCUCAUUCUGAUUCCAUCGAAUGUGUUGGGUUUGCACCAAGUGACACGUGGGUGGCAGUUGGGAGCAUGGAUAACAGACUUAUGAUAUGGGAUAUAGAGCAUUCAUUAACCCGAAGCAUGUGCGACCAUGAGGAGGGAGUGACAUGUUUGUCAUGGCUUGGUACGUUCUAUGUGGUCACCGGUUGUGUGGAUGGAAUUGUGAGAGUUUGGGAUAGCCGAUCUGGUGAAUGUGUCAGAACAUUCAGGGGGCACUCAGAUGCUGUUCAAUCUAUUUCUCUAUCUGCUAGUAGAGAUUGCGUGGUCUCUGUUUCACUUGAUGGUACUGCUCGUGUUUUUGAAGUUUCUGGGCUUCAAUAAGCAGUCUCAUCUAUAAUUAUGGAUCAGGUUUUGAAUGUUUUGUUGAAUUGAUUGGACUAGAUUUGUGUUUCUUGUAUCAAUUUGAAAAGAGAGCUGUUUUAUUUAUUGCUUAUAAAUAAUGGCUUGAUAUGAAUUUUAUAUAAAAUAUUAAUGUUGAUUUUUGUAUUCUAUAUCUUAGUAUUUUGUUUGAUUGCUUAA